AAGCCUAAAGUUGAAGCCCGAGACUUAACCCUAGCUUAAUCUGACGUCGUUUUCUAUCUUCUUCAUCUUCUUUCAAAACUAAAAUCCCCUAACUUCUUUUAUAAGCCCUAAUUUCUAAUCUGAUAAACAAAAACCCUAAUUCUGUAAUGGAAGAUAUAAUCAGUGCCUUACCAGAUGAAAUUCUCGCUCACAUGUUAUCAUUCCUCGAAUCAUCCACCGACGCCGUGAGGAGCAGCGUUUUAUCAAGACAAUGGAGAUAUAUUUGGCUCAAACUUCAAAAAUUCCAGAUUUUGGAUUCUUAUUACUAUGCAAGAACAUAUUCAAUAAAAGUAUUUAUGAACUCGUUUGUGAAUUUUAUGAACCGUGUUUCGACUAAUAAUGUGAAAUACCUCAGCCUUCAGCUUCAGGAGAACUAUUCAAGUUCCGACAUUGAAUCUUGGCUUUGUUCUGUAAUGACUCGGAACCUUGAGGAACUUCAUCUCAAAGGAUCAGUUAUUCGGUUUCCCGCAGAAUUAUCAAAGUCUGUAUGCCUCGCAGGUCUCAAAUCUCUUUAUCUGGUACAUCUCACUAACCUGUCUGAUUUCAAUGUACAAAUGCUUUUAUCUAACUGUCCGAUUCUUGAGGUUUUAGUUAUCUUUAGGGGUUGGACUGAUGAUGUCGAGAUAUUGAAUGUCAACUCGUCUUCCCUUAAAGAAUUUCGGUACUAUGGUCGUUACCAAAAAUCUUCUAAGGUUGUUAUUAAUGCUCCAAACCUUGACAAUCUUAGCAUCCGUGUUGAUAGCAAGCUUAACAUUGAAGUUAAAACUCCUUGUUCGAUUGCUAAAGCACGUUUUGUAGUCUCCGUUUGCCUUGGAUACAUGGAUCCAAUAGUUCAGCUUCUGAGAAAAACCAGUAACAUUAGUUACUUGUCUGUGUCUUGUAAUAUUCUCAAGAAUUUCUGUGGCUCGUCCGUCCAUAAUCUCCCUAGUUUGACUCGAUUGACUCGGUUAAUAGUCUCCGAUUAUGGUGAUGAAUGGUCAUAUUUGCCUGUUAUGCUCUCCAUGGCACCAAAUCUGAAGUUUAUCAGUUUUUCGAAUUACCGAUGCACCCGUUGUUGGAUAACUACUGCAGUGAAGAUGAAGCCCGAACAAAAUGUGGCGCAAUGCUUGAAAUCAUCACUUGAGAGUGUGGAAUUUGAAGGCUUAAAAGAUGUUCGAAGAGAUAUGGAGACAGUAGCAUAUUUGCUCAAAUAUGCUAAGGUAUUAAAUACUUUUGCUAUAACUAGCUAUGUUUGUUAUAAGCCAGACGAAAUUCUAAGAAAAGUUUUAAUGUUUCCAAGAGCUUCAAGCACUUGUCUAAUUUCAGUCGUUUCUACGAUUAAAUACAUAUGUGAUUAUUGUAAAAAGGGGUGAGUAAAAUGUCCAACCAACCGAAUUAUUAACCUAACCGAUGACUUUCCGUCUGUUCGGUUUUAGGAAUUUAAAUUUUUUUGUCUUAA